AGUGGCUAUCAGACAGAAGCAAUCGAGAACCGCUUAAUGAGAAAGCCAAAGAAACUUGUUGAACUACAAGAAAAAGAAGCACAAGAAGGCAGAAGAACCCGGAGGGGGAGGCAAAAAACAUUUUCCAGAUAAGCGGCAGUCGGAGUCGUGUGAAUAAAAGCGUGUGUAUUUGUUUUGUGGGUCAGCCUGUUCCAGCUAAUUACCGUGAACUUGUCAGCGCACACAAAACGGCUGUAAAAUGACCAAAGUGAGGUAAUAAACACGGCGAAUUAACGAGAAACCCGAGUGAAUAAUGUCCAAACUGGUGAAGAGAAUCCGCAGCAUGAUCAAUCCAAGCAGCCAGCGGGAUCGCGAAGAUACCACCUCGGUAUCCGCUUCAGAGGGCUUCAUUGCUCGCAGGAAGUGCCACUCGCUGCCCCGAAGGAGCAAUAGACACUCGACCGCCCGGCGAUCAAACAGUGGUCUGUGGAAUCGACUGGUCACCAAUGUCUUCGGACCGGAAGAUUCAUAUGACUUUGACAACGAAGGCGACAGUGGUGGUGCCGUAUUUUACACCGAUUCGGUGAACGGUUCAAACUAUGAGAUAUCUGCAGAAGGCGAAUACAUCAAGCAUCCCGUUCUGUACGAGCUCAGUCACAAAUAUGGUUUCACAGAGAAUCUGCCGGAGAGCUGUAUGUCCAUACGGCUGGAGGAGAUCAAGGAGGCCAUUCGGCGAGAGAUCCGCAAGGAGCUGAAGAUCAAAGAGGGCGCCGAGAAGCUCCGCGAGGUGGCUAAAGAUCGACGAUCCCUCAGCGAUGUGGCCGUUCUUGUCAAGAAGAGCAAAAGUAAACUUGCCGAGCUGAAGUCCGAGUUGCAGGAGCUCGAGAGUCAAAUCCUCCUGACAUCGGCCAACACCGCCGUCAAUAGUAAUGGACAAGAAUCGAUCACUGCCUGCAUUGAUCCCAAUGGCGGCUUCUUGGUCAGCGGUGCAGUUGGUGGCUUGGGCGGCGGAAACACGGCUCUGGAGGGCGGCGCACCGGCCACUGCCAAUGACAAAGUGCUCGCCUCGCUGGAGAAGCAGCUGCAGAUCGAGAUGAAGGUGAAGACCGGGGCGGAAAACAUGAUCCAGUCGCUGGGCAUCGGAUGCGACAAGAAGCUGCUGGCGGAAGCCCACCAGAUGCUGGCCGACUCGAAGGCCAAGAUUGAGUUUUUGCGCCUGCGCAUCAUCAAGGUGAAACAGAACCGCGAGCAGGCCGAUCGCCUCAAGGCCUCGCGCCAGAUGAUCGACGAGCAUGGCCAGACGAUCGGCGGGAACAACAGCAGCCAGCCGCAGAGCCUGGAGACGACGCUGGAGGAGCGAAUCGAGGAGCUCCGCCAUCGACUGCGAAUCGAGGCAGCCGUCGUCGAUGGAGCCAAGAAUGUUAUACGCACGCUGCAGACGGCGAAUAGGGCACCGGACAAGAAGGCUUUGCAGGAGGCCCAUGGACGUUUGUCGGAAUCGUCGCGAAAACUAGAUCUCUUGCGCUACUCCUUGGAUUUACGACGCCAGGAGCUGCCCGCCGAUUCGCCCGCCGCCCAGCAAUUAAAAACGGAGCUGCAGAUCGUCCAGCUAUCGACCUCCCCAGCUCCGGUCACCUACACGUCACUGCAGUCCGGACAAGCGGGCAUACUCGGCGGAAAGCCGUACCAGUCGGUAUCCUCGCUUGGACGCUGUGCCAGUGUCACCGGAAAACUGGAGGUUCGCUUGCUGGGCUGUCAAGAUUUGCUGGAAGAUGUGCCCGGUAGAUCGAGGAGGGACAAGGACAACAACUCAAGUCCGGGUGAUUUACGAAGCUUCGUCAAGGGCGUCACGUCGCGCAGCAGUUCAAAGAGCUAUUCGGUAAAGGAUGAGACGUCCAUUGAGAUCAUGGCGGUCAUCAAGCUGGACAAUAUCACCGUUGGCCAGACAUCGUGGAAGCAAUGCUCGCAGCAGGCCUGGGAUCAGCGCUUCUCCAUCGAUCUAGACCGGUCGCGCGAACUGGAGAUUGGAGUUUACUGGCGCGACUGGCGAUCCCUGUGCGCCGUAAAGGUGCUGCGCCUUGAAGAGUUCAUCGACGAUGUACGACAUGGCAUGGCAUUGCAGCUGGAGCCACAAGGUCUGCUAUUUGCGGAGGUCAAGUUCUUGAACCCCAUGAUUUCACAGAAGCCAAAGCUGAGGCGCCAGCGUAUGAUCUUCAACAGGCAGCAAGCGAAGAACAUCUCGCGGGCCAAGCAGAUGAACAUUAAUGUGGCCACAUGGGGCCGCCUGCUUAAGCGGAAUGCUCCUAACCAUGUGCACAUGGGAUCGGCAGGAUCAGGAUCUUCUCUAACCGGUAGCUCGCCUAUGGUGGUUGGUGGGUCUCGCGACUCUGAGUCUCCGAUUUCGAGGACUCCCUCAUCCGACGCACUGGUGGAACCGGAGCCCUACACGCCCGGAGAGCAGGCACAGAACUUGGAAUUCGAUCCCGAUGCAGGAAUUAAUGAACACGUGGAGACGCCAGGUGAAUACCCGGAUCCGGCGGCCAGUGGUCUGAGCGGAAUGCGACCCCUGUCCAUGCACAUGCAGGGAAUUAGUGUGCUGCCCCCGGAAUCGCCACCCGUGGCCACCGGAGCAGCUGGUCGGCCCAAUACGCUCAGCUUACAGAUGCCGGGUGCCAGUAAAGGACAGGUGAUCCAAGGCGGACGGACUGCGGCGCCUACAACGGCGCCACCGCCACCACCUGUGCUCAAGGCGACAUCCACCACUCCGAUAUUGGAUCAGGAGCUGCAGGAUGCCCUGCACGAAUUCGAUUUCCUGUCGGACCUGGACUCACGUCCCACCACGCUGCGUCGCCUGCUGAAGGAGCAGAAGAUGGCGCUGGAUGCCGGCGCGCUGGAGAAUCUGCUGCUGCAGCAGCAACAGACUGAGCAGCAGGCACUGCAGCAGCGCCAGCGCCAGGAGCAGCUGCGUCUGCAGCAGUUUCAGGAGGCGCAGCGCCAGGCGAUCCUGGACCUGUGCGUGAAACAGAGAGAGCCCGCGGAGCAGACAUCACCCACCCUUGCCAACCAAACGCCGACGUUCCCACCGCUUGCCAGCAAUCAGAUCAUGCCAAGCUUAAAUGCCCGCCCUUGCCAAAGCCAAAGCCCAAACCACAACGAAUUUCAGUUGCAGCCGCAGCCACCACAUCCCGCCCAGAAACCGACGAAUCCCGAACCACCGUCCGCUGUGGAACAGCAGCUGCACCGUCCGGUCCUAAUCCUGCCGCCCGUGGUGCUCCUGGGUGGUCGGGAGGAGGACCGUUCGGUGCCACCAUCGCCACUAGUCGAGUAUCCCGAGGACGACGACGAGUAUCUGUAUCGUGGUAGCAACGAAAACCUGGGCACCAGGCUGCACUCCAGCCACAGUUCCAGUGCCGGCGAUCGUUUCUGUGUGGAGGUUAUACCACAGUUGGGGAAGCUUUACGUGGGCAGUAGCCAGCAGCAGUAUGCGCAGCAGUCAUCGCCCAUCAUCCAGGAGCCAGCUACUCCUACUAUUUACGGAAACAGCGCCGCAGCCGGAGCGCCGCAGUUCCCGCAGCCCGCCCAAAGGCAAGAGAAGCAGCCUCCGCAGCAGCAGCCCAUCUACGCUAACCAGUAUGAGCUGAAUGUGGCCAAGGCGGCAGCUGCAGCAUCUGUUUACUCACCCAGCUCCUCCACCACCAGCAACUCCAAUCAACAGCAGCAGCAGCAGCGCCGGAAUGUGGCCCGUGGACUGCAGUAUCGUGAAUCUGGAGGACUCGAGACUGGACGUGCUGGCAAGCAGCCACCCAAUGCGGGCAUGUUGUCAAUGGACAACUUCCGUUUGCUAAGCGUUCUUGGUCGCGGCCACUUUGGCAAGGUGAUUCUGUCCCAAUUGCGAAGCAACAACCAGUACUACGCUAUUAAGGCACUGAAGAAGGGAGACAUCAUUGCCCGCGACGAAGUGGAGUCCCUGCUUAGCGAAAAGCGCAUCUUCGAGGUGGCCAACGCCAUGCGCCAUCCGUUCUUAGUUAACUUGUAUUCGUGCUUCCAGACUGAGCAACACGUAUGCUUUGUGAUGGAAUACGCUGCUGGCGGAGAUUUGAUGAUGCACAUCCACACGGACGUGUUCCUAGAGCCGAGAGCCGUUUUCUACGCCGCUUGUGUGGUUCUGGGCCUGCAGUACCUGCACGAGAACAAGAUCAUCUACCGGGACCUGAAGCUGGACAAUUUGCUUUUGGACACGGAAGGAUAUGUGAAAAUUGCGGACUUUGGUUUGUGCAAGGAGGGCAUGGGCUUUGGUGAUCGCACGGGCACUUUCUGUGGUACGCCCGAGUUUCUGGCACCGGAAGUGCUCACGGAAACUUCCUACACACGAGCUGUGGAUUGGUGGGGCUUGGGUGUGUUGAUCUUUGAGAUGUUGGUUGGUGAGUCCCCAUUCCCUGGUGACGAUGAGGAGGAAGUAUUCGAUUCAAUUGUCAACGAUGAGGUGCGCUAUCCGCGCUUCCUAUCGCUGGAGGCCAUAGCCGUGAUGCGUAGGCUUUUGCGCAAGAAUCCAGAGAGACGUCUGGGAUCUUCGGAACGGGAUGCGGAGGAUGUUAAGAAACAGGCAUUCUUCCGGUCAAUUGUGUGGGAUGACCUGCUCCUGCGAAAGGUUAAACCACCAUUUGUGCCGACAAUUAACCACUUGGAGGAUGUGUCAAACUUUGACGAGGAGUUCACGUCGGAGAAGGCUCAGCUUACGCCACCGAAGGAGCCGCGACACUUGACCGAGGAGGAGCAGUUGCUCUUCCAGGACUUUUCAUACACGGCCGAAUGGUGUUAGAAGCUCAUUCUUAGUUCAAGGAUUUACUAACGGGCCUAGCCCGAUCCUUAUAGCCUAUGGCCUGCUUUUGCUUUUACUUGUGUACGAAAUUGGUUUCGAGUAAUUUUACUUGGCUUAGUAGUCGAUGUGAGUUCAAUAUUUAUACAUGAAGACAGCAUGAUAAUACAGAUACAGGACAUAUAUAUUUAUAAACUAUAUCUAUAUAGAAAAUACAUCUACUAACGAGAGAACUUUUGAUUGUUGCUCACUGGCCGAGAGACCAACACAAACCAAAAUACCUAGUUGUCCAUGUUGUGGAAAAGCAAGCAUUUGUCAAUCAUCCAUGCAACCGGUUUAGCAUACAGUGUACCCAGAAAUCAUCCCACAUUGUCGUUGCAUUGUACAGCAUAUAGAGUUGUUUCCUUUUCCAAACACGAGAACGCAUUGAAUAGUCUGACAAACCCUAGGAAAGCCUUAUACGCCAAGUUGUAGUUUUGGAAACCGUUUUUUAAGACCGGAUACAAAUAGAUUUUAUAGAUGAGAAGUGUAUGUCUACACCCCAGAGCAGUCAUUGCAACCUAUUUUCAUAAUCAACAUACAAGAACAAAGAUAUAUUUUAUACAUAUAUUGCAUGCACAUCCCAGGAAUCGUCUUGCUAAACGAGCUCAUCUUCUAUACGACAUACAAACAUACAUAUUUAUCUAGUAAAGUGAGAGAAAGUGAAAUAUUUACAGUUUUAACAUGUAAGCCCUGUAAAUUGCCUUUUGCCGCGUUUUAUCAACUCCCCAGCCCAUUGCCCGAGUUGUGUUAUAAUUUAAACAUAUUUUUUACGUCAUAUACACACGCAAACAUUUGUUAUUUAUUAUUAUUAUAACUAUUAUACAAGAAAACUGUAUUGCUUUGAGCAUUUUUAUUCGACGCUAGAUCGAUGAUUGUAAACAAUUUGUUUUGCAUGCGCGGUGUGCUUUAAACCAGAUAUGAGGAUCAGAAAACAAAUAACCGCUCGACGGGAUAGAAUUUGGAAAUUCCGUUGAUGGAUGGCAUGCAAUCGGAUUGUUGUACUUCUAAGAUCUAUGUUGUAUUUAAUGUAACUUUUAGUUCGAUUUAAGCUUGUAAUAAUCGAUUAUUGAAACGUAGUCUAAGCUAUCAUUAUGUGAAGAUAAUUAUUGAUAAUUACAAUUAUGAUAACGAUUUUGCACACCUCAUGCGAAUCGAAACGAGUAUAAACAAUGCAGAUCUUCUAUUGUCAUUUUUAUUAUGAUUAUGCUCACAACUUGCGGCUAUAAUCAUCGAUUUAAUUUUAAAUCUGUAAAGUCGGAUUGGUGCACAUCCAAUCACAUUGUUUAGUUUCAAGUUGCGACUGUAAUUUAUAUUUAUGAUAUGAUUUUAAAUAAAUGUAUCUAUCGCUAUUAUUUAACUGCUGUUUUUGUCGACUGGUUUUCGCUGAGACCUUCGCUCAUUUGGUAAUACAAAAUAUUGGCGGUAUUGUCCACAACGGCUAAAAAUAUGUUGCUGAUAGGGAAUAAAGUGGUUAAAAACAUAAAUAUUAUUUUCAUAACAUUUAAUACGCACCGUUUUUUAAGCUUUUUGUGUAAAGAUUUUACAAUUCUAAAGUCGAUUGCCUUUGUGUGCAGCACAGGAAUAUAAACAUCAUCAUUUUUCAUCAAAUAAAACACUUUCAGAUUUGGAUCAUAGUUGGGUUGGAAUUCGGCGCUUUCUUCCUCUAAUGCAUAAUAAUAAAUAUUAAAUUGAGAAUUAAAUAUGCUUGAAUUACC